GUCCAGAGUCACAGACCUCCUCAGGGAACAUCUGAGACACAUCAGGACGCUUUGGAGGACAAGCAGAUGUGGAUCAUCUCUACAUGACUCCUUAGCCUUUAAGCAACCUUUGCUUGAAGCCACAGAUGUGCUUUGGGAUCAGAUCUGGGUCUUGGUUUUCAGGAUUUAGGAUCUAGAGCUUUGAUGAAACCUGAAAUAUGAGGAUGUACCAAGUCUUGCAGUUGACCACUUUGUUAAUGGGACUCUGUCAUGCCCACAGUGCUCCCUCUACCACAGCGUCCAAGGAUCCAGGUACAGUCCCCGCAGCCCAGGUGAGGAUGCUGUCCCUGGGUCUUGCUCACCUGCUGCAGGGGGUGAAGGAGAACGCCAGGCGGCUGGAGCAGCAGGGGGAGCAGGUUGUUGCAGAGCUAGAUGGGACCACAAAGAGUGUGGAGAGCCUUCGUAAACAGAGCUUACAGGCAGGACGGACUCGCAGGCAGGUGAGGAAGGACCUGCAGAUUCUCAGAGCCAGAGGGGACCGGCUGUGGAGGACGGUCAGAGAUCUGCAGAAGGGACUGGAGGAUCUGGAGACAGAGCAGGGGACCAUGCAGCAGCGGAUGAACCGGGUCCUUCAACAAGUGAAGACUCUAAGUGAGCCGAGGUCAGGGCGUCGGACCGAGCUCGAUAUCAGUUCUGUGAAGGUUGUCAUGGCUAAACAGGCCAGGCAGCUCGCCAGUUUGACAUCAGCAGUUUCAGCCCAAGACAGAAUGAUUGACAGACGGCAGAAACACAUCGAUCACCUGGAGAAACAGGCCUCUAAAAGACUUCCUGCAGCACUGAGGGCAGAAUCUGACUCUGACUCUGUCUGAGGAGCACAGCUGCAUCAACAAAGACUCUCAACCAGUUACAUCACAAGCUACAAAAUAAAAGCCCUAAAAAAAUCA